AUGGCUAAUAAUUUAGGUUCUAUUUUGUGUGGAGGAGAAAACUUAUUAUGCGACUUUAGUCAGAUAUUCAGACGAACAUGUGGGGGAAGAGAUAAUGCUUUAUCUGAGAAGGAUCGUUCAAUAAAUGGUGAAAGAAAAUUUUCAAAGGAACAAAAUAUUGUCAAAAAUAGUAAAGAUGAGAUAAAUAUAUAUGGACAAAAUAAUUAUGAUAUUUCAGGAUGUUAUAAUACUUGUGCUGACGAAAAGGAAUACAUAUGUGAUGUACAACCAACUAAAGUUAGUAUAAACAAUAUAUAUUUAAAUUUUAAAAAUAAUAAAACAGAAAAUAAGAAAAUUUUAAAUGACGUUACAAAAUUGGGUAAUGAAAUAUUUGCUGAAAAAAUGAAUUGCAACUGUUUUAAAACUGGAUCAUGCGAACAAAAUAAUUGUGGAGACAUUUUUUAUCCUGACAUUAAUGAAUAUAACAACAUAUUAAUUAAUAGAAGAAAUACUGAUUUAAUAGGAAAUAAUGCAAAAAUCGAAAAAAAAAGCUCAAGCCAUUUAUACACUGAAAACACUAAAAAUGUUCCAUUUUUACAAGACAAUCAUUCAAUUCAAGAAAUAUAUAAUUUUGAAAAUGUAGAGAAUAAUAUAAUACCCAGUAAUUCAAAUAGUUCAAAAAAUGAUCAUAUACAACACGAAGAUAAUGACAAUGAUAAUGAUAGUAAAAACAGCCUUCCAAAAACAAACAAUUCUGUUACAAAUAAAGAACAAUCCCCUGUUACUUCCUCCGAAUUUAUGUCAGUUGUUAGUUGUGGAAAAGUAGACGAAUAA